AUGACCAGCAAGGAAGCAGUAGAAGGUGGAACGGCCACUUUGCACUGUGAGCUCAGCAAGGCAUCUGCCCAUGUUCAGUGGAAGAAGGGCCAUCAUGUCCUCACCUCGGACAACAAGUACAGCAUGGGACAGGAAGGCUGUGUUGUGGAGCUGGUAGUUCACAAUUUAGACCUGAAUGAUACUGGAGAUUAUACCUGUGUAUGUGGAGACAAGACCACCACAGCUGCCUUAACAGUGCAUGCACUGCCUCCAGAAUUCAAAAAAGACCUGGAGGACCUAGAAGCUGUAGAAAGUGGGACAGCUGCUCUGCGCUGUGAGCUGACUAAACCUGCUGUGGUGGAGUGGAAGAAGGGGCAGGAGGUGCUCAAGCCAAGCAGCAAAUAUAAAAUGAGUCAAGAUGGUGCUGUUGCAAAGCUGAUUAUCCAUGAGCUGGAUGUGGAGGACACUGGAGAAUACACCUGUGUGUGUGGAGAUCAGCAGACAACUGCCACUUUGACAGUCAAUGCCUUCCCAGCACUUUUUAAACAAGAGCUUCAGAAUACCGAGGCAGAAGAAGGUGGUACAGCAACACUGAGGUGUGAGCUUACCAAACCCAACGCUCCAGUAGAGUGGAGGAAAGGAGAUGCUACUCUCUACCCUGGUUUGAAAUACGAGAUGAAGCAGCAGGGCUCCACUGCUGAAUUGGUCAUUUAUGACUUAGAACUGGAUGAUUCAGGAAAGUACACCUGCGACUCUGGACAUCAGCAGACAACGGCUGUGGUAACCGUACAUGCACUGCCUGUCACAUUUAAGCGACCCCUUCAAAAUAAGGAAUCGGAGGAAGGAAGUACAGCUACAUUGUGCUGCGAGCUGUCGAAACCCAAUGCUGCAGUGGAAUGGAGGAAAGGAGGAGUGGGGCUGCAGCCCAGCCAGAAAUACGAAAUGAGGCAGAGGGAAUGCCGGGUAGAGCUCUUAAUACAUAAUCUCAAAUUAGAAGAUACAGGAGAAUACAGUUGUGAUACUGGGGAUCAGGAAACCAAGGCAUCUUUAAAUGUGAAAGCUCUGCCAGUUCUUUUCAAAAAGGAGCUCAAGGACAAGGAGGUGGAAGAAGGAGCUGCAGUGAAAUUCCAGUGUGAGCUGACAAAGGAUAAUGCAACAGUGGAGUGGAGGAAAGGCACCAUGGAGCUCUUCUCGUGCGCCAAAUAUGAAAUCAAAUUAAGUGGUCGCACAGCUGAACUGGUGAUUCAUAAUGUAGAACCAGAAGAUGCUUCUGAUUACACGUGUGAUACAGGAGACCAGCAGAGCACAGCAGUCCUCAGAGUGAAUGCCAUCAAACCCCAGCUGAAGCAGCAGCUGAAGAAUGAAGAAGUGGAAGCGGGAGGAACGGCCAGGCUGCGCUGUGAGAUUUCCAUUAGCAAAGCAGAAGUGGAGUGGAGGAAAGAUGGAGUCGUCCUUCACUCAAGCUCCAAGUACGAGAUGUGGCGGGACGGCACCCUCCGCGAGCUGCGUGUUCACCGCCUGGAGCCCAGCGAUGCUGGAGAGUAUUCCUGCAAGGCUGGAGAUGAGACGAGCUCUGCAAAACUGACCGUGAAAGAGCCUGAUGUGACCAUCGUGAGUGGCCUGAAGGACAUGGUGGUUUUAGAAGGGGACGAUGUCACGUUUCGGUGCCAGGUUUCUCAUGAGAAUGCAAGGGAUGUUGAAUGGAAGCUACAGGAUGUUGCUCUGCAAAAUAACGAAAUGAAUGAGAUCUCAGUGGAAAAAGGGAAGAUUCACACCCUGACAUUAAGGAAGGUGACUGAGCAGGACAUUGGCACCAUCACUUUCCGAGUGGGACCCCACACGUCGACAGCAGAGCUCACAGUAAAAGUGCCACCUCCAGUCUUUAAGGAGAAAUUACAGAGCACAGAACUGCAGGAAGAAGAAACAGCCAUCCUCUGCUGCGAGGUCUCGCAGCCUGAUGUUGCGGUGGAGUGGAAGAAGGGCACCCAGGUGAUUUCCCCAAGCUCCAAGUAUGAAAUCAGGCAGGAAGGAACAAUCCAUACCUUGAAGAUUUAUCAUUUAAAACCAGAAGACUCUGGCAAAUACACCUGUGAUAAUGGAAACGAACAAACGACAGCCACUUUAACUGUUAAAGCUUUGCCAGUAAUCUUCACACAACCGCUCCAGAACCAGCAAGCCGAAGAAGGCGGCACCAUCACUUUGAGCUGUGAAAUCUCAAAAUCAAAUGCCACUGUGCAGUGGAAGAAGGCCGGGACAGUGCUGCGACCAAGUGACAAAUACAAGAUGCGCCAAGCUGGGUCCGUGGCCGAGCUGAUGAUUCACAACCUGAGUGAAGCUGAUGCUGGGGAAUACACGUGCGACACGGGGGACCAGCAAACCACUGCAGCUGUGCUCGUGAAAGAAUCAGCAGCAACCAUAGUGGAGAUGCUGAAGGACGUCACUUUGUAUGAAGGAGAAGACGCAGUGUUUGAAUGCAGGCUGUCCCGGGAAACAAGUCAGGAUGCCCAGUGGUUCCUGGGGGAUGUUCCCCUGCAAUCCAAUGAAAUGAAUGAGAUCAAAGUCCAAGGGAUGCGUCACACUUUGAUCCUGAGGAAGGUGACACUAGAAGACUGUGGGCCCAUCAGUUUCAAAGUCGGGCAGCAUACCUCAGCAGCACAGCUAACGGUCCAAGUUGCUCCGGUCACCUUUGUAAAGGCUCUCCACAGCUUGGAGCUGCAGGAGGGUGGCACGGCUCACUUGUCCUGUGAGGUGUCCAAGCCCGAUGUCCCAGUGGAAUGGAAGAAAGGCACGUCCGUGAUCCGCUCCAGCCAGAAGUGCAGCAUCAAGCAGGAAGGGAAUAUACACACGCUGGUCAUCCAUGAUGUGAACCACGCGGACGCGGGGGAGUAUAGCUGCCACACAGCCGAUGGGAAGACCACUGCCAGACUAGAGGUUAAAG